CAGUUGGCUUGGGCAGAGGCGGCAAUCCAAAUCCCUCCCUCUCACUCCCUCCUCCCCUCUUGCUGGGGCCCCCCCCACUGCCUGCCGCCCCCGACGGGCGUCGGCGCCCGCGCGCGGCUGCGCCAGCGUCAGCCCUCUGCCGUCCCCAGCGCGGCGGCGGCGCGCGAUGUGCGUGCCGCCCUUCUGCCACCCGGCGCACCACUGCCUGGGCUGCCUGAAGCUGAAGCAGGGGGCCGUCAUAGUGCUAGUUGGCGACCUCAUCUAUGGCAUCUGCUUAGUCGCCCUGCACGGCGUCCUGCUGGGGUCGCCCGCGAGGCUCGGCGAGCCCGAGGUGAGGGAGCGGCCCGUCCACAGCCUGGAGGUCGAAGUCGGCGAGCGGAGGCUGGCGGAUGGCGCUGGGCAGGGCGAAGAUGCCGACCAGGGCAACUGGGUGUUCCAGCUGACGGACAGACCUGAGCAUCGGAUGGGGCCACCAGCUCCUGGGUAUGGACAACGCCACGAAUGAGACGUGCGGCUUGAUCUACGGAGGGGAAUGGCGCCCGUGGUGCACGUAGCAGAUGCCGCCGCUCUUCCAGCCCUGUCAGGUGUUUGACAUCCGUCGACCUGGAGCAGCUCUCUUGCUCAGUCCGCGGGGAUCGGAGAGUGCCGAGCGCUUCUAAAACGCCAGGGGGGUUUCCCAGAAACCCUUUCGCGUCGUCCAGGCCGCCCAAUGGGCGUCCGAGCAGAUAGUGUCGGAGGAUGGGCGGCGGCGCGCAACCCGAUCUGGAGCCCACUUUUCUCCAUCCCUAUGUUGCCG